UUGUGAUAAAGAUGUGACGUUUUCUGAAAGGGUUAUUAAAUUAAAAGAAUGAGGCCGUGGAUUGUUUUGCUCGUAAUUAGUGUAUCACAAUGCUAUGAAAAAGGUCUAACGCCAUACGAAUUGACUUACAUCGAUGAUGUUAAAAACAUAGCGGGCUUUGGAGAUGCCCAGCACAGAGGUCCCCAGUGGUACGAUUACGACACCAAAUCCUCUGGAGAAAGUGGCAGUGAUUUGAAAAGUCGUCAUUCAGAAAGUACCAGUUCAAUAGAAGUGAGCAGUAGUCAAUCCUCAAGUCAGUCGUCGGAAGCUUCUUCAAUGGAAACUAAUGAAAAAAGACGCGCGACAAUAACGUAUCGCACAUGUACGCCGUGUCCUCACGACAUGAUGAAGAAAUACGAGAACUUAGGUAUAAAAUGGAUAUGCGGUGGGUACCAACGUGCGCACAGAUCAUUCAAGAGUGAAUGCAUGAUGAAAUAUCGGAACUGUGAAGACGGAACUAUGUUCGUGAAACUGUACGAUCACCGUUGUAAGGACGACCCACACCACGGAAGACACUGGUUUUACAUUUAUAAAACAUAA